UGCAAUGCUAGACAAACCUACGACUCUAUAAAAGGAACAGGUGAUUAGACCACUAAGUACAAUCCGGCGCACACGCCGCCGACCGCCGACACAUGGGAUAUACCACAUUGUGCUCAUCUUGAUACCUAACAUGAGAGUGACAAUUUUCCUUGGGCUGGUGGCGCUAGCGUCGACCGCGCCACAACAGAAGCCGUCAGACCAAGCUAUAGCCAUCAUAAAACAGGACUUUGAUCAGCAGGUGGAUGGCUCAUACAGAUACAGCUACGAGACGGAGAACGGUAUAAAGGCAGAGGAGACUGGCACCCUGAAAAAGGCGACCGGACCUGACGCUGGUGACGUCAUUGUCGCUCAAGGAGGCUUCAGCUACACCGCGCCAGAUGGCACUGUCAUAAACUUGAAUUACAUCGCGGAUGACGAGAGCGGCUUCAAACCUGAGGGUGCUCACUUGCCUACGCCGCCUCCUAUACCACCAGCAAUUCAGAAGGCUUUAGACUAUCUGGCAACUCUACCACCCCCACCACCAGGAAGAAACUGAUUUAUAUCUUGUAACAUGCACCAUCUCCACCGUAGUACCUGCGACAACGAUGCUCAUCGCUACAAAAACAGCAAUGGUUAUAAAUAUAAAUAAUUUUAACAAAUUGUAUUUUUGAAGCGAUUCAUGUAUUUUAUUAUAUAAAGCAUUAAAAAUCAAAUAAAAAUGAACGUGUACAACGACUGAACUGUGAUAGAAACUGAUGAUUGAACGAACGCACGUGAUUGUACUAUUUAUUUAUGAAUGAAAUGAAAUAAAGCAUAUCAGUGCCAAAGAAGCAUUGCAAAACGAAA